AUGAGAAAAAAGAAGAAAACGUGUUUGGUUCUUUUAAUUUUAAGUUUCCUAUUUUUUUUUAAUUCUUCUUUAUGUUAUGAUGAAGAUUACGAUGAGGAAUACAAUUAUGAAGAUAAGAACAAUGAUUAUGAAUGUAAUAAUUUAAUUCCUUUGUUUUUAAAUAAUUUAGAAUAUAGUAAUAUAUCUCAGGAAAUAUCUUUGUCUAAGACUUUUUCUUUAAAAUAUCCUGUGCAUUAUAUGUAUUUUAAAUAUUCAUCUGAUAAAAGCAUUUUUGUAAAUUAUAAUAUAUACAAUUCUUUAUCUUCUAGGUAUGUAAAAAAAGUAGAAUUAUAUGAAUAUGAAAUUAUUAAGAAUGAAAGUGUGUUAUUAUUACAAGCGGAGAAAGAUUCUGAUAAAAAUAUAAAAAUCUUGUAUACCAUAACAAAAAUAGAUAAUGGGGAAAACUCUGAAGGGGAGAAGGAUAAAAGGUUAUUUUAUUUUAUUAUAUAUACGACAAUGGAAAAUGAUAAUGAUAUAAAGAGGUGUAUAAAUAUAAAUAUGAGUAUAAAUAUAAGAAUUAUAAAGGAUGACACUCAAACAAAUAAUCAUAACAAUAAUAUUAAUAAAAACAAUAAUAUUAAUAAUAAUAAUAAUAUUAAUAAUAUUAAUAAUAUUAAUAAUAAUAAUAAUAAUAUUAAUAAUAAUUAUGGGGUGAAGGGUAUCAUGGCAAAUCAUUUAUAUAAUCAUCUUCUACCUUUACAUAAUAAAAGUUAUAUUAUAAUAAAAGAGAAUUAUUUUUAUUGUACUAACGAAGAUUAUUAUUAUAACAUGAAUAAUAUAGAAGAUUAUUAUUAUGAUGAAAAGAGUGGAGACAAAGUUGUGGUCGUAUAUUCUGUUUUAUUAUUUAUAGAAUUUAAAACAGAGGCGAAUAUAAAAUUUACAUCGUUCUUAAAACAUGAUAUAAACAAGUACAACAAUUUUGUUAUACAUAUAAAAAAAAUAGAUAUCCGUAAUAAUUAUUUAAACAAUAUGGAUAUGGAACAUAUCUUGAUGGUUGGAAAUAAUGAGAAAUAUCUAAAUGACAAUAAUAAGAAGAAAAGUAUGGAAUGUGAAGAAAAUUGUGUAGAAAGUUAUAUAACUUCACAAGGAAUAUAUAUAGAUACAAUAUUAAAUAAUAAUCAUUUGUAUAGAUUAGAGAUAUUAUAUAAGAUGGGCAAAAAUGCAAUAAAUAAUAAUAACAAAAAAAACAACAACAACAAAAACAACAAAAACAACAAAAACAACCACAAUAAUAAUAACAAUAAUAAUAACAAUUAUAAUAAUAAUAAUAAUAACAAUUAUAAUAAUAAUAAUUAUGAUUAUUAUAGUGACAAAAUAGGAGAUAUAAAACAUAUAAAAGACAAUGGAAAGGAUCCUUUCCUUUCAUCAUUAUUAUUUUUUAAUUUUGAAUUAUCCAUAUAUAACAUUAGAGAUAAUUAUAUUCCUAUGAAUUAUAUAAUUAAACGAUUAUAUACAGAAUGUUCCAAUAAUUCUCAUGCUCCAAAUAAAAUAGUUCAAACUGAGGAAGAGAAUAUGUUAAAUAUAUUUUCUACAAAUGAAUGCUCCAAUAAUUUAGAGAAAUGUAGUUUAUAUGAUGUUAAUGAAUAUAUAAUAUAUAAUAAUAAAGUUAUUGAUAUAAAUGAUAAUUUUCUUUUAAACUUUGAUAUAAUAAAUUCUUUUAAAAACGAACAAGUUAUAGAUAUAUAUAUAAAUGAAGAUUCUAUAUUUAAUUUUACUAUGCUUAUUAAAUCUGAUCAUAUUUUUGUUAACUUAUUAAAAAAUAACUCUUCAGAAAAGGUAUGUAAUACAUAUUAUAUGAAUAAUAUAAAUAAUUAUAAUAUAUAUGAUUUUAAAAAAAAUAAAGAAUUUGAUUUUUUUCAUAAACAUUAUAAUGAUAGUUUUUUAUAUAACAAAAAUAUGAAUUAUCAUAAUAAAAAUACUAAUUAUAAUAACAGCUUUGAAUAUGAAAAUUAUUAUCAACAUGAUCAUCAUCAUUUAAAAAAUUUUUCUCUUCAAAAUAUUAUUUAUAUUAAUUGUAUAUUAAAGAAAGGUUAUUAUAAUUUAAAAAUUAUUCUUAGUGGUUAUAAUAAUAUAUGUGAGAGUAAUGAUUUCAAUUUAUUAAUAUAUCCUAUAUCUCUAUAUAAAAAUCAACAUCAAUGUAAUGAUAAAAUGAAUCAAGUAACUAAUUUAUUUAAUAAUAUUUUAAAACGUAAAUAUGAAUCUAAUAUUAGUGAUGCAUCAAAUAAAAACAAUACCUUUGAUGAAAUUUAUCAAAAUAAAUGGAUAUUAAAUAAUCAUUUAUUUGAAUAUUUUGAUUUUGUUAUAAUAUAUGAAAAAGAAUUACAACCACAACAAUACAAAGAAAUUAUUGUUACUAUAAAUAAUUCUCCAGGUAUUGAUAUAUUCUUUAUUCUUAUAGAAAAUGUACAAGGUCAAAAACAUUAUCAUAUAUAUAAAGAUACACGAAAAAAAAGUAAAUACAUAUUAAAGGAUAAACACACAUGUACAUUGUAUGUACUUGUCUCAACAUUAUUAUAUACUACCCAAGAAGUUUGUGGAUUCUUUUUUAUCGAUAUAGAAUAUGUAGAUAAUAUGAAGUUAUUAAAUCAAAACGACCAUCCAAAUGAUAUAAAGAAAAUAACAUCAUAUCAACAUAAUAUGAUACAAAAAAUUAAUUAUAUACCUAAUAUAAUUAUAGGAUAUGAUUCGUAUAGUUAUAAUAAUUUUGUUUAUGUACCUUAUUACAAAAAACAUAAACUUACCAUAUUAUUAAAGCCAAAAAGUAUAGUCAAAAUAAAUUGCUUCACACAUAAUUAUAUAUAUAUUUAUUUAUUAGAUAAAUCAAAUAAUAACAACAACAACAACAAUAAUAAUAAUGGUAUUGAUAAUAAUAAUAACAAAAAGUUAUAUGAAGGUUAUAAUCAUCUAUAUAUCGAAUCUUUUGUUGAAGGAGAAUAUGAAAUUAUAUUUGAAUUUAAUACUCAGAAUAAUAAAAAUAUAAAUUCCUUUUUUUAUUUACAAAUAUAUAUAUAUAAUUUAAACACAUUAGAUAAAUGUCUUUUCUUUAAUAAUAAUAUGAAUUAUAUAAAAGAUAGGUCCAUAAAUAAAUUUAUAUAUACAAAUAACUAUGAUACAUUUGAUCUUAGUAAAUAUGAAUAUAAUGAUAUUAUUAUAAAUAAAAAAAUACCAAAGGUAAUUAAAAAAGAAAAUAAUAUGUUCUUCAUUUAUCAAACAAUUCAUUUUUUUUAUCUCUAUAAAUCAUUCUUUCUUUAUAUUCUACCAACACAACAACAAAAAGAUGGAAAUAUAAUAAAUGAACAAGAUAAAAAUAGAAUUAAAAAAAAAAUUAUAUUACCAAAAAUUCAUUAUUUAUCAAAUCAAAAUUUCAUAUUAAAAGUUGAAUUAUCUUUUCAUAAAAAUAUAUUCCCAUACAAAAUGUAUAUUGAUGAAAAUUAUGACCAUAUUAUCAUGAUUAGUACAAACACUUAUAGAAAUAAAAAUAUUAUGUUAUUAAAAAUAUUAAAUAAUAAUACAAAUUAUAUAAAUAUAUAUAUAGAUACGUAUGAACAUAUUAAUGAUGAAAUAAAAAAAAAUUUUUGUUCAUAUGCAUAUUUCAAUAUUACAUAUACAAAUCAAACAAAGGAAGAAAAUGUACAUACAAAACAGAUAAAUUUAUAUAAUAAAAUCACUUUACCUUUAUUAUUAAAUAAUAUAUUAACUAAGGACUAUGUUCCAAUGAUUAAUAAAAAUAUAAUACAAAAUAAAAAUGACCAAACAUAUAAACUGGAUCAUUUAUAUUAUGAGCAUCAUAAUAUUGGUGUAAUAAAUAGUCUAUCCAAUAAUGAUUUCCCUGUUCAGAACAAUAAUAUGGAAAAUAUCAAAAAUAACAUGAAUAAUGAAUACGGUAGUGUUCAUACAGAACAGAUGGUACAUUUUGAAAAUAAUAAUAACCUUAACAAUAAUAAUAAUAAUAAUAAUAAUAAUAAUAUCAUAUUUAGUAAUGCCUAUCCUUAUCUUGAAAAUCAUCUUAGAGGUAUCAUAUCUCUCAAAAACAGCAACUCUCUAAUAUUAAAUCAAAGCGUUAAUUAUAAUUUUGAAGUAGUUAACAAUAAUUAUACACUUUUGAUAUUACCAAAUAAUGCUUUUCUAAACAUGUACAUAAGAAAUAAUAAUAAUGAUGAUGAUGAUAAUAAUAGGAACAGUCGUAAAAAUAACAUUACGUUGAAUGUGUACCGAGUUUUAGAUGUACCUAAACUAUUAAAUGAAGGUAUUUCCUUUAAUGAAGUGAAGAAACAAAUUCUUUCCUUAGCUCACCCUUUUUUAACAUUUACAGAUACAUAUAUAAAUGUAUAUAGACAUUUAGAAAGAGGAUUAUAUAUAUUUAAAUUUGAUGACGAUUCUAAUAAGGAAAAUUCAAGUUAUACGUUCAGAAAUAAUAACAAUAUAAAUAAUUAUAAUUAUCAUACUAGUGAUAGUAUUAAACCAUUAUCCUUUUUUAUGCAUUUUAACAUCAUGCCUAUUUACACGAAUGAUAUAGAUUACAAGAAUAAUACCAAAAAUAAUAAUUAUAAUGAUAAAAGGUUCAAUUAUCAAGAGAAUAAUAAAAAUAUUUACCCUUCUGUUAUUCAUAACUAUAUAUUUAAGAAUGAAUUAUUAUAUUAUUUUUAUAAAGAAUACAGCUGUGAUAAAGAAAAUAUGUUAUUUUCUGAACAUAAAAAGAUAGAUGAUGUAUACAAUUUCUUAGAACAUACUUGGAAUAAUAUACCAUUUGAAAUUUAUAUAAAUGACAAAUUAGACAUUACAUUAAAUCGAGAUAACUACAACACAUUAAUAUUAAAAAGAUUCUUUAUAUGCUUUGAAAAAGAAAAAAAUGUAAACAAUAAUAACAAUAUAAAUAAUAGUAAUAAUUCCUAUGUAAAUAAUACUGAUAAUCUUAAUGAAUCACAAGAUGACUCUUAUAUAAACAUUUUUAAUGAUACAAUUAAAAAAGAAUAUCUCCUUUUUAAUAUCGUAUUAAAUGUAAAAGGUAAUAUAUAUAUAGAAAUACAACCACAUUAUCAUUAUUUUAUAUAUCCAUUUAUUUUAACCAUAAAAUCAAAAAAUAAUCCCACACAACUUAAUAAAUCUCAUGAUAAAUUAUUUUUAACUACGGAUCUUGGCGUAGGUGAAUAUGAAAUCUAUAUUACGUUUCUUUCGAAUAAUCAUUAUAAAAAUAUAAAAAUGAAAAAGGUCAUGUUUGAUUUAUUUAUUUUUAUUGAUAUUUUAAAAAAUAAAAAUAUUGAACUUGGAAAAAAUAAUUUAUACUUACCAUAUGGAGACCAUCUUGAUGACACUAUAGAUUUUCAAAAAAUAUAUGAUAAUACAUGUAAAACGGAUAAUUAUAAAAGAUUAUUUCAUGAAGUAAAAUUAUUAGAAAAUAAUAAUAGUUCCAAUGUUAAUAUGAAUGAACCAUUUGAAAAAAAAAAAAAUAAUAUUAUCAGCACAAAUAUGAAUAGGAAUUAUUUUCAUAUUUAUGAUACAUAUUAUAUGAAAGUACGUGAGCACGAAAUUUUUUUUGACAUACCAAAAGAGGCGUUUAUUCUUAAAAUUUUUUGUAUACACAUAGAUGAACAAAAUUAUGAUGAAGAUAUAACAAGUGGAGAUUUUUACAAUAAUACAAACAAUUAUAAUAAUAAUAAUAAUUAUUAUGGAAAUAAUAAUAAUUAUGGAAAUAAUAAUUAUUAUAAAAUCGAACAAACUGAUAAUUUAUCUCAUUUUUCUUUUAAUUAUUUAAACACAUAUUUUGAUAUCCAAAAUUUAUUCCAUAUUAAUAUAAUAAGAAAUGAAGACAGUAAAUUUUUUCCUGAUGAAAAUACAAAUGAUCAAGAUUUAUAUGUUAAACCGUUUUUUUCGAAUGAAGAAAAUGAACAUAUAUUAAACUGGUAUAAAAUAGAUAAGAAUUUUAAAUUAGUUAUAAAAAAAAAUAAUUAUGAUUGUACAUAUUUCAAGCUAAUUAUAAGUUUAUAUCCUAUGGAUUAUUUUAAUAGUAUUGAUUAUUUAAAAUAUAAUAAUUAUCUUAAUAAAUAUUUUACAAAUAUAUUUGACACCUUAUCACUUAAUGUCGAACAAUAUCAAGACAUAUCCUUUGAGAAAAUUAAAAAUAAGAAUUAUAUAUAUGACUAUUUAAAAACGAAUGUGAUUUUUUUAAAAAGUUUGAAUUCUAGGGAUCUUUUUUCUUAUCCGCUUACGAUUAAAAUGCCGAGCUAUGUAAAAAUCAAUUUUGGGUACAACUUCACUUUAACCAGCUUUGAAAUCAAACUCUUGCAAAACAAUAUGAUAAUCGCUACAAGCAACAAAGUACAGGCCAAUAUAAAUAAUAACAAUAUCAACAUAUUUGAAAAUAUGAGUAUUUAUUUGGAAAAGGGAAAUUAUGUUGUCCAAAUUUAUUCUUAUGAUUUAAUUGAAAAGACUUCUAAUAUAAUAAACAAACUCAGUUUUCCUUUUUAUGCGGAAAUUGAAAUUGUGCAGUUUGUAAACGAGCAAAUUGACCAACCUAUAUUGUUGGAUGUGUUCCCUCAUAAUUCGGUCAUUGUGAAUAGAAACUACCCCUUCUUUGUUGAUUUAAUUUUUUGGGGAAGAGCAAAUGAAAACAUAUCCGUGUUGGAUACAAAAGAAAAUAAUGUCAAAUUAAAUAAUACCAAGUUAAUAAAAUAUGGAAAUGUUGAGAUACACAAAUAUGUUUUGUCAUCUGAACAAAUGUGGUCCCUGGAAAAUAAUUUUACUUUAAAGCUUCAGUCCAAUGUUCAUAUAAGUGCAUGGAUGGAGAAAAGAUUGAAUUUUAGCUUUACAAAUGAGGGUUGGAAUUACGAUAGACAAGCAGAACAUGAGAAAUUAAUGAAAAAUGGAAUAAAAACAAAUAAUAUUGUUGAUGAAUCUUCUAAAAUAUCCAAGGGAGAAAAAUUAAAUGAGGCUGUGUUAUUGGAAUAUGGCAAGAGGGAAAUAAAAAAUGAGAGUGAGGGUGAAAGUAAGAGUGAGAAUAAAAUUGAAGGUAAAAAUGAGAAUAAGAUUGAAGGUAAGAGUAAUAAUGAGAGUGAUGGUGAGAGUGGGAAAAGGAGUUUCUUACAGAACGGUGUAAUAGAAAAAAGCAACCUUUUCGAUCUGAAUGAAGUUAUUAAAAAUUUUCGAUAUAACAAGAAAAAGAAAAAAGAAGAAGAAGAUUUCCUUUUGAACGGAUCAUACAUGAAUUCAAAUGAUAAAUGUUUCUCUUUGUCUAUAUUCAGUUUUGAGAUUUAUUGUUUUGAAAAAUUUUAUUUUUUUAUAUUUAUCUUUCUCUUAACCGUAUUAUGGAUAUCUUGUGCUUUUAUAUUUUUAAUUAUAAAAAUAUAUAAAAACUGGAAAGGCUAUAGAAAUUAUGACAUGGUUGGUGAAAUGGAUGAAGUGACAGGUCUUUUUCAUGGAGAUGAUUUAUAA